AUGGUCUGUCUGGAGCUGAGUUCAGGAAUUGAGAGUCAGAAAAAAAUUUUGCCUCUGAAAGCUCGGAGAUAUAACUUCACUUUAGUCGUCAAGAAAGGCAGUAGAACAGCUGCUGCGAGUGUUGCUGUCAAAGUGGUUGGUGACAAGAAUGUUCCAUUCCUUGCAUUUGAUGAUAUUACUAUCCGCGGAUUUCAAUGCGUCUGUAACUGGGCAACUAAUAUCAUUGGAAAAUCAGUGAAAAUUAAACGUAAUCGUUUAUUUUCGUUUGAAACCUUCAUAUUAUCAUUAAAGAGCAAUGAUUUCAUGUCACUAGAUGGUUGGCCAGUAAUCACGUUCACCACAGCUGGCCCUCCAGUAGCUGGACAACUUAAGGUAUUCCGAACAGCUGAUUGUACUCUAACAUGUGAAGUUACUCUAGAUGCCAGUGGUUGGAGGACCCACAUAGAUAGGUAUCCAUUGUCCUAUCAGUUUGCUUAUUCACAGUCUUUAAUAUGGAAAAUGUACUUAGACACUCCUUCUUCCAAAGCUAUCGUCCGAAAUGUGAAGCUGCCUUGUGGAAUCUCAAAAGUGACUGUUGCUGUAUGUGAUGCGUUCGGUUUCUGCAGUCAUGCUGAUCAGACAAUAUACCUGCCUUGUAGUGUACCUGAAACAGCGGUGUUGCUUACUGCGGUAGAGAAACUGCUAAGUUCUGGUUAUUAUCACUCGACUUGGUCAUUAUUAAACCCAAUAAGGAAAGCAUUUUCCGCUGGAAGGACUGGUAACAUUACAGGUUAUAUUGAGGACAAUAUAUUGUUAGUAUUGGAGCAGUAUCGACUUGGACUUCAAGUACUUCCACAUCUGAAAUUCCAAGCUCUAGACGAACUUGUCACGGUGCUAGAAGUCUUACAUAAGCCAAACAACAUGAAGGCUGAGCUUGUAAACUUUAAGGAUGAAAUAAUCAAAACUUUAGUGAAUCAGACUAGUGAAAAUCAAGAGAAGGACACUUAUUCUGACAUAGUGCUACGUGGUCCUCCAAUUUCAGACCUACAUGCUAAAGCUAUGUUUCAAGUUUUGGAAUAUCAUAUGGAAUUAAAUAUGGAAGACAAUUUCGAUAGUAAGAAGAGGAAAUCAUCCAGACAAGUAAUACACGACGUCAACGUCAUCAACAUGGGUGUGUGUCACAGCUUGAAUGUUAACAAGGUCUCAUUAAAUGCAACAUUUCCUCAUUUCAAAGUGUACAUCAUUGUGAAUGAAGCAUAUUCUAAAUUAUAUACGAUGUUUCAUGAAGAAAUCUCCAUUCCGUCUUUACUUAACCCGGCGAAGCAUGUUUCAAUUAUUCAUUUGCAUGUCAUGGUGGUCUGCAAAAGAAAAGAAAAACGUAGACAUUUCCUAGGCACUGUGUCAACUCUCUGA